CAGUGCCUCCGACGCAUACCAUAGCAGCAGCACAUCCUUCCCGAUCUCCAUUUCCAAGAAACGAAAGAAAGAAACCGAGGAGAACGAGAGCAGGGAAGCCAUGGCGGUGGCGAUCGAGCUGACCAAGGAGUACGGGUACGUGGUGCUGGUGCUGGUGGCCUACGGCUUCCUCAACUUCUGGAUGAGCUUCCAGGUCGGCAAGGCCCGCAAAAAGUACAAGGUGUUCUACCCCACCAUGUACGCGAUCGAGUCGGAGAACAAGGACGCCAAGCUCUUCAACUGCGUGCAGAGGGGGCACCAGAACUCGCUGGAGAUGAUGCCGCUGUUCUUCGUCAUGCUGCUGCUCGGCGGCCUGCAGCACCCGACCAUCGCCGCCGGGCUGGGGGCCCUUUAUACCGUCGCGAGGUUCUUCUACUUCAAGGGAUACUCCACCGGCGUCCCGGAUAACCGCCUCAAGAUUGGGGGGCUCAACUUCCUGGCGUUGAUUGCGCUGAUCAUCUGCACGGCGUCAUUCGGCAUCAACUUGGUCAUCAGGGAAACGCUCUGAACUCUCAAGUUUAGGUUGACACGUGAUCUGCAGACUGGAGUAACGGGACGUGCUACUUGUUGUGACUUGAGCAAUAGAUCUUCGUGACUUUGACCUAAAGUCAUUUAGGUGUACUUGUGUCUUUCUUUUGAUGUUGAUAAGCAAAGUAUGUGUGGGUGUGCGUGUCUUUCACUUUUGGCAAUGCUGGAAUAAAUGAAGGCUGGAUGAAAAGGGCUUGAAGCAUGAAUCUUACAGUUCAUUCUGCUAGUUACUCUGCUUUCGUUGUGAAGGAUUGUGCCACGAAUGUUUUAGUUUUUCCUUUUCAGUUCCAGUGUUAAAAGAAAUGGUAGUUCCCUUCA